UUCUUUUAAUUCAGAUAUCCUAAUAUCCAGGUUUUAUUGCUUUUCUCUUACAGCUCAUUCCUUUAUUUCAGCUCUAAUGGUACUAAGUUGAUUUUGUGGAGAGGAAUUAGUUACCUGUUAGUCUUCACUGCUCUUGGAUAUCUUUGUCCCAGUAUGUUCUACAUGAACUGAAGAAGAUGGUGCCAGAUUUAUCUAUUUCUCCAGUAUCACAAGCAUGCAACUUUAUUGAGAGUAGUCAUCUAUUAAAAGAAAAUCAUACUGUUUGGUUUUUUCCUCACCAAAUCACUUGUCAGCUUUUAAAAUUUACAUUAAUAUUAAAUAUAAUGCAAUGUAGUUCCUGUAUCAUGCAUAAUAACCAGUCUCAGUUAGGUGUUCUGUAAUUGUACUGUACACAUUUUUCAUUUUAUUUGUGAGUGCCUUCUUUUCAGUCUGGCUUCGAAGAGGCCUUUUUUCUAACAACUAGUACUGCAUGCAUGAAAAGGUUGUGAAGUUUAUGGAAUUUUGCCCCAAACUUUAGUUAUUAUAGCAAAGAUUUUGGGUUAUGUUAUUUUCAACUAGCCAAAACUUAAGUGAUAACACAGAAAUUAAUUUACUUCAAGGAAAAAAAAGUCACCUUCUAUUUUUAUUACUUGAACUCUUUUGCAUAAAUGAAAGAUAUGAUUCACUCAUCAUUUAGCACUUGAUCAGGCUAAAGGGGAUAUUUUUCUUUCCUAUAAAGUUUAGAAGAAAUGGAAGAAAAAUAUAAAAACAGAGAAUCAAGACCAGAAGACUUGCAGCUUAUCUCAGAACUGAAAGACCUAAUUGCAGAACGGGACCAACUCAUAAAGAAAUUGAUCGAGGACAAAAAGUUCUAUCAGCUGGAGCUAGUUAACAGGGAGACUAACUACAACAAAGUGUUUAAUGCAAGCCCUAAUGUUGGUGUUAUUAAUCCAUUGGUGAAGCAAAAGAAGAAGAACGAUAAGUCAACAAACAGGUUUGUGAGUGUCCCCAAUCUAAGUGCUCUGGAAUCUAGCGGAGUGGGCAAUGGACAUCCUAACCGCCUGGACCCCAUUCCUAACUCACCCAUCCACGAUAUUGAGUUCAACAGCAGCAAACCACUGCCACAGCCAAUACCACCCAAAGAGCCCAAGACGUUUUUGAGCCCUCCUCAGACUGAUGCUUCACCAGUGGCUUCACCAGAUCCACAACGCCAGGAGUGGCUUGCCCGGUACUUCACAUUCUGAGAGAUGAUUUGUUUUUGUGGCACAGCGUGAUGUGGACUGUUUAUAAGAGCAUGACCUUAAGUAAACCCUCAUGUGAACAAGCUUUCCUGUAAUUUGUCAAACACUGUGAAUGAGAAAAUAUUUGUCUUUCUGAUUUGAAAAUGCACUGUAUUUCAUGUGAUAUUUGUUGAAAUCACUUGACAUGGUAUUAUAUAAUGUGUGUAAUUAUUAUUUUUACUUAAGACGGAAGGAUCUUUAAACUUUGUAAUUACUACAUAAUAAAUUUUGGUAGAACAAACAUAAUGCUUUCCCCCUUUUUCCUAUGAAUGUGUUUUCUUUUAGGUAAGGCUUCCUCCCAAAAAAAUCGCAUGGUUGUUAUAAAUACAAUGUAAUUUGUGAAAGGAAAAAUUCUCUCCAAUUUGGGCACGGUAUGUCUAAUCCAUCCCAGUUCUAUUCUGUUACUUUGUAGCAUUUUAAAAACUGUCCCCUUUCUAACAUUUAAAAGGAAGAAUAUAAAUUCUAUGGAAAUCAGCGGAGAUGCUCAGAGUGAGAAGGCCAUAAAAAAGAAGCUGGAUUUUUUUCAUUGGGACAGAUUUUGGACACCUUAACCGAUGCCCAUGAGACUUUACCUUCUAGUUAUUAUCUAACAUCUUGUAAUUGAAUUUAAACAGCAACUGUUCACACAAAUUGUGCAUUUAUGUUACGAGUAUUAAGAAAGACAUGCGUGAAACCUGUAGAAUACCAUACUACGUAUCUCUGCAUAAAUCAAAAGUCUACGUUUGGGGCAUAAAGUCUUGCUUUAGAUAAAAUUCAUGUCUGAAAUGGUAAAUAAUCAAAUUCAAAAAACUUUUUGCCAUUUAUACAUACUAGAGAUACAAAUCUUUAAAAAUUAAUUACCUUCAAUUGUCUGUAUUAAGAGUUUUAAUGUCUAAUAUAUGAACAUGUUUUUUUUCUAGCUAGCAAGCAUGAUUCUCCAAUUUACACCUUUUUUGAUUCUGGUGUUGCUCCAGAAAUUUGCUGCGGCAUAUAGAAAAAGCCUGUUGUCUCUUUUAUAUUUUUUCAUUCAAUGAUUACCACAAAGUAACUCACACUGGUAGUCUCAGGGAGAAAAUUGUCUCUUUGUUUUAUGAAUGUAUUUUUAAGCUAAAUCUCUUCUCUUUUAAAAGCAGGAACAAUUGUUUGAGUUGUUUAAAUAAGGUUUUAGUUAGCAUAUACUAAAGUCUCUAUCUUUAAUAUUUCACCUGAAGCCCUAACUACAUACUUUUUUUUCCCCUGUAUGCACAAAGGUAAAUACCCAAAUGAAUAUACUUGCUAAUUGCAAUGAGUUUUAUAUGUAGUAUAUGUAUAAAUGAAAAAUUUGUAUGUUUUCAUAUAAACAAUAUAAAAUAUUCUAAAUGAACAUUUUAAAACUUCUAUCUUACAAUUCUGCUUGAAAAAUCCACUGAAAGCCGUACUCUGGUGAUGCUGCUGUGAACUGAAGAUAUAUACAGGAGAUUUUCUGUAGCUGGUGCACUCAAAUGGAGGUAAUAUGCAACUUUUUAAUUUUAGAAGAAAGCCAUAUUGGGCAAAAUGUCAGAUUUCUUGGCUGUUACCGAAAUAAAAUACACUAGCUCAUUUUGUUAUAACGUUCUGAAGUGAGUGUUGUGUAUUUUUUCUUGCACG